GCUCCAGCGGCCCGCUAGGGCGCAUGCGCUAUUGGUUGGCGGGAGCUUCGCAAAUGGCGCCGUGGGCUCAGACCGCGGAGUACGCCCUAGACUGACUCCUGCAAAGUUUCAUACAGACGCCGUCCCAGGGGUGACCUGAGAGUUUGUUCUGGAACAGAGGCUCUGGGCCGAACUGGCGUCGCUCUGAGGUCAGGAAGUCGUACUCCUCGCCGGAUGUUGUUCCGCUCAUACCCUUACUAAUGUCUUGGCCUAGCCCAACUCACGGCAUCCGGUGUUCCGGACUUCUGGCCCGGGCGGCCGGGGAUGGGGAGGGAGGCCUGCUCUUUUCUCCCAGAUUGGAAAGAAACCCGAGGUCGAGACAAACCUCCCGCUCGGGCAGUGCCAGCGGUCUAGAGGCCAGAAAAGAGGCGCAGAGUUCUGUACCCAGGAUGACUUCAGUCAUCACAGAGAAUAUGGAAGAAGAAGAACCAAUGACUUUGAAGACUCAUGAUCAUCAGUUGCAAUCAAGUCUUCGCCCUGUGGAAGUGUUUACUAAAUCAUCUGCCUCCCUGGAGAUGACUCAAGACAUUUCAAAAGAAAGAAUUCAUCUUGCCUGUAGCCCUGAAAAAGGGAGACAUUGUGAUGUCAGCCACCAGGAAGGACUUCAAUCCAGGUCCCUUCAUUUUUCCCCUCAAGAAUAUUCUGUCCGUCAUCAGGACAGGAGGCAGUCCUGGCGGCGAGCAAGUAUGAAAGAAAUAAACCGACGGAGGUCGCUGCCACCUUUUCACCAGGGCAUGACAGAACUCAGCAGGUCCAUCAGUGUUGACUUAGCAGAAAGCAAGCGUCUUGGAGCUCUCCUGCUUUCCAGUUUCCAGUUCUCAGUUCAGAAACUUGAACCUUUCCUAAAAGACACUCAGGACUUCAGUCUUGAAAGUUUCAGAGCAAAAGCAUCUUUUCUUUCUCAAGAGUUGGAGCAUUUUGUAGACAGCCUGGAAAAAGAUGGAACUCUACAAAAAUGUUUUGAAGCUUCAAAAGAAAAAGAAUUAGAUUUGAAUCUGGAAGCAUCAGUGGCUGAGAUGAAGGAAUAUAUAACAAAGUUUUCUUCAGAACGUCAGACUUGGGAUCAGCUCUUGCUGUGCUACCAGAAGGAUGCACUACCAGAAGAGACAUCCAGAGGGUCAACAGAAACCGAAAUUACUGAAGUCAAAAUGGAUCCAACAUCGUAUCUUAGAUCUUCUCAGAGUGAAGCUCUUUACACAAAGCCUGACUACCAAAAAAUAUUACAGAACCAGAACAGGGUCUUUGAUUGUAUGGAGUUGGUGAUGGAUGAGCUGCAAGGAUCAGUGAAGCAGCUACACGCCUUUAUGGAUGAAAGCACCCAGUGCCUCCAGAAGGUGUCAGUACAGCUUGAGAAAAGAAGCAUGCAACAAUUAGAUACUUCACCUGCUCGAAAACUGCUCAGACUUCAUUUACAGAACCCGCCUACCACUUAUUGCUCUGGAUCUUAUCAGUGACCUUACCCAGCUUUUCCAACACAAGAUGCUCAAAUGAUAAAACUGGGAAGACUUCCCCAGCAUGUGGCAACUGCAUGGCUGUCUGAGCUGGGGAGUUCUGUCCUUAGCUUUUAUUUUUAUUUUAUUUUAUUUUUUCGUAUCGGGGAUCAAACUCAGGUCCUUGCACUUACAUGGCAAGUGGCGGCACCACUGAGUUAGAUCCUUGGCCCUGUGUCCUUAGCUUUUAAAGAUAACUGCCGGAUUGUAGAGCAUUUCAUCUUUUUUGGGUGAUGGAAUUUAUGUAUACAGAAGGAUACUUUGCCCAGGAAUGUACAAAAUGUUUGAAAUUUCCUUGUGAAAUGGCCUUCAGAAGCAGUGGCCCAUUCUUUUUAAAUGUCCUUCAUGGUCAGAUAUCUUCAGGUUUUGAAACAACCCAGAGUCAUUUAGGACCAAGUUUAAUGAAACAUUGUAGAAGCCAGCCUGGGUUUUGGUCAAAUAGGAAUUAGAGUGAUUUUCUAGUGUGGCUCUGAUGGUGAUUUUAGUUGAAGAAUACUGAGCGUUGUUGGCAUCAUUGGGAUAUAUGUAUCACUUCACAGAAUGCCCAGUUUGAAGAAAAUACUACUCCUGUUUGUCUUGAUGUCUAUAGUGUACUUUAGCUUUUGAAUUUUGAGCUGACACCCUAAAUUUUAAAUUAAUGGCAAAAAGGGGCUAAGUAUUAACUUUUAUUGUCAUUUUUAUUUUUAUUUUUUUGAUGGUGCUGGGGGAUUGAACCAUCUUUGCACAUGCUAGUUAAGUGCUUUGGUACUGAGCUGUUAUCUCCAAGCCCCUAAUUAUCCUCUUUAUUGUUAAUAAUCUGCAUUAUAAGAUUACAUAUAAUUAGAUUUUUUUCCCUGUGUUUGUAUUUUGAGUGUAUAAAAUUUUCUUUUUGUGGUGCUGAGAAUUGAACACAGGGACCUCAUAGAGUGCACUAGCACUCAGCCUCUAAAAACAUUUAAAGGCAAGGAGGCUUUAGAAACUAAAAUUCUUUGCUGAGAUAAGCAGUAGUGUAAAGAUAUGCCUCACCUGGCUGGGGAUUUAGCUGAGUGGUUCUGCCACCUACCUGCCUCACAAGCAUAAGGACCUGAGUUCAAUUGUCAGUACCAAAAAAAAAAAAAAAAAAAAAGAUAAGCCUCGCAGCCUAUUACCAAUAAAACACCAACUAAUCUUUUGUUAAUGUUUUCUAUAUUCUCAUUCUAUUAAUGGGACAAACUCAUUUCAUUUAAUUUCCUGUUUGCCGUGCAAAUAUUUGCUGGCUGCAUUUAUCCCAAGAUAACUUGUGAGUUACAUUCCUAAUCUUACCUCCAAGGUUUGCCAUGAAUUAUCUCACUUUUAUUAUUUUUGCAUUAUUCUAGUAUAUUGCUAGUGUUUGGAAACAAAAGAUCAUUUUUAUAGCAUUUUGUUACAAUGGUAUUUACAUUCACAAAUAGAGUAAUUCUCAAUCACUGAAAAUGUCAAAUCCUAGAAAACUUUGGAUUCCUCAAAGAGCAGGUUUAUGUAAAGUUGAAUGAACACUGGCAAUGAGCUGCUUGCUGCACUUUUUCUAAAUGGGAAAUGAGUUAAACAACCAAUCAAAAUCUUAAGUAUUAACCUUGGCCCAAGCACCUGUUGGUGAGAGGCGAUACCUCUUUGCAUUAAAUUUUAUCAAUUCAGAUCUUA